UCAUUCAGCUCAGUGUCAUCGAAACAAAUCGAAUGUCAUUGACCGUGGUGAUUUUGCGCCGUAAGGUUCACUGGUGUCAAUUUUAAAAGAAUUUAUUAAAUAUGGAUGUUAUAAAGAAAAAUUGGUUCACGGAGUCUUGUGAGUUGUGGCCAGGAAGCACAUUCUCGUUUGAAGUGAAAGAAGUGCUGUACCACGAGAAGUCUCAGUACCAAGAUAUCCAGGUCUUCGACACCACCAGCCUUGGAAAAGUUCUUGUGCUGGAUGGAAUUAUACAAUGCACACAGAAAGAUGAAUUCUCUUAUCAAGAAAUGAUAUCUUUCCUGCCACUCUGCUGUCAUAAAAACCCAGAGAAGGUGCUCAUAGUGGGCGGGGGAGAUGGCGGUGUUGCCAGAGAUGUAGCCAAGCACCCUAAAGUCAAGGAAAUUGUACAGGUUGAAAUCGACGCUAAAGUAAUAGAAGUUUCGAAGAAGUAUCUACCCUUCAUGGCCGUCGGUUUCGAGAGCAAAAAGCUGACAUUACACGUAGGAGACGGCUUCGAGUUUAUGAAGAACCAUAGCCAUGAGUUUGACGUCAUCAUAACUGACAGUAGCGACCCUAUCGGACCAGCUGUCAGCCUGUUCCAAGAAAAUUAUUUUGAGCUAAUGAAAACUGCGUUAAAACCAAACGGCAUAGUAUGUUCACAAGCGGGAACCUUCUGGGAUAGUAUAGAUUUAGUUAAAAAUACUUUACGUUUCUGUAAGAAUCAGUUCCCUAAAGCGGCGUACGCUACAACAUCUGUACCGACAUAUCCUUGCGGCCAAAUAGGUUUCGUGAUUGGUUCUUUAGAUGAAAGCAUUAAAUUUGACCAGCCAACAACGACAUUCACAGAUCAAGAAAUUAAAAAUAUGAAUUUGAGGUACUAUAAUAAUGACACACACAAAGCCGCAUUCGCGCUCCCUACCUUUGUUAAAUCUCAAAUUGAAUCUUAAUUGUAUGAAACUGUGUACUUACUCGUGCAUUUAUUUUAUGUUUUUCAAUUGAUAUAAACUUAUGAAAUACAAUUUUCGAAUCUUUUAGA